CUCGGCUCUAGGCUUUGCCUCGGAGAACCUCCAGGUCGCCUGUGCGCAGGCGCGGAACUGACGGACGGGACGGGGCACGGGACGACCCGGACGGCUGCGGAACGAGCUGCUGGUGAAACCCCCACCGGAUUUUGCUGAAGGAACCCUUCCUGCUGGCCUAGUUUCAGAAUGUCAAGUCCUGUGUCCUACUGGAUCUUAAAUUCUGCAAGGAACAGCAUUGCUACUUUGCAAGGGGGCCGGUGCUUAUACUCCACUUGUGCCUCAAGUAGGAACAAGUCAAAAUGGGGACUCUUUUCCCCAGGACCAGUCACCCUUAAAAACCAGGCUCUGAGCAGUCACUUAGUUCUGCCAAAAGCCUACAGACAUACCUCAACAGAAGAAGAUGAUUUCCAAUUGCAGCUCAGCCCCGAACAGGUGAAUGAAGUGCUGCGAGCCGGGGAAUCAGCCCACAAGAUAGCCAGCUUUGCCGGUGGUGUCCCGAAUUCGGUGUUGCGGUUUGAGAGCAAUCAGCUGGCUGCUAAUUCCCCGGUGGAGGACCGACAAGGUGUGGCCUCCUGCCUGCAGACCCACGGACUGAUGUUCGGCAUCUUUGAUGGACACGGAGGUCAUGCGUGUGCGCAAGCGGUCAGCGAGAGGCUCUUCUCAUACAUGGCAGUGUCCCUGAUGUCGCAGCAGACUCUGGAGCAGAUGGAGGAGGCCAUGGAGAACAUGAAGCCCUUGCUGCCCAUCCUGCAGUGGCUCAAGCACCCAGGAGACAGUAUCUACAAGGAUGUCACGUCGGUGCACCUCGAUCACCUCCGGGUCUACUGGCAGGAACUGUUGGACCUGCACAUGGAGAUGGGGCUGAGCACGGAGGAGGCUCUCAAGCAUUCCUUCCAGAGGCUGGAUUCCGAUCUCUCUCUGGAAAUCCAAGCCCCCUUGGAAGAUGAGAUGGCCAGAAAUCUUUUCCUCCAGGUUGCUUUCUCUGGGGCAACAGCCUGCAUGGCCCAUGUCAAUGGAGUUCAUUUGCAUGUGGCCAAUGCUGGGGACUGCCGGGCCAUCCUUGGUGUCCAGGAGGAUAAUGGCAUGUGGUCUUGUCUGCCACUUACCCAAGACCACAAUGCCUGGAAUGAAGCUGAGCUGUCCCGCCUCAAGCGGGAGCAUCCUGAGUCUGAGGCCAGGACGAUCAUCAUGGACAACAGACUGUUGGGAAUCCUCAUGCCCUGCAGGGCCUUUGGGGAUGUCCAGCUAAAGUGGAGUAGAGAGCUGCAGCGCAAUGUUCUGGAGAGGGGUUUUGACACUGAGGCCCUCAACAUUUAUCAGUUAACCCCCGCACACUACUAUACUCCACCCUACCUCACCGCAGAGCCUGAAGUCACGUACCACAGACUGAGACCCCAGGAUAAGUUCCUGGUGCUUGCCUCUGAUGGCCUGUGGGACCUGCUAGACAACGAGGAUGUGGUGAGGCUGGUGGUAGAGCAACUGGCUGAAGCAGGUCGCCACAAACCAGACCUGGCCCAGAGACCCACCAACCUGGGGCUCAUGCAGAGCCUGCUACUGCAGAGGAAAGCCAAGGGGCUCCACGCUGCCGACCAAAAUGCCGCCACGCGGCUGAUCAGACAUGCUAUAGGGAGCAAUGAGUAUGGGGAGUUGGAUCCCGAGCGGCUGGCAGCAAUGCUGACCUUGCCCGAGGACUUGGCAAGGAUGUACAGGGAUGAUAUCACUAUCACUGUGGUGUAUUUUAACUCAGACUCGAUUGAUACAUAUUACAGGGGAGGUUAAGUAUCUCCCAUUCUGUUGCCAAGGUUAAUGUAGAUGUUCUUCUAAAACUUUUACUCUUAAAAUUGGCUUUUCGGACCUUACGAUUAAAAGGGCAGGCAGAUGUAGCAUGCUUAGUCACAGAUUAACCUGGGGAAAAAAGACCAGCCUUAGCUUAAAAAAAACAGCAGUGAUUUUAUGCCCUAUGUGUUUGGGUCACCUUUUCUAUUCAGAGAAGGCAGAGCAAGGAGCCCAGAGAACUAGCUGGGCCUUCUGAAGCCCAAGCCCUUUGACAAAGACACUCUUGUUAAACUGUAUCAGCUGAGCCUUCAAAGAGUAAAUUUAACCAUGAUUGUGGGAAUGUGAAGAACUUCAGGGACAUCUUGCUGCCAAAUCUGCAAACUUGAUCAUUUCUCAGUUCACUAUCAUGGAUAACUAUAAAGGGGGGCUUAAUUUUUAAAUUAUUAAAACCUAGGUUUACAGAAACAUCUUUUAGGACAUUUUCCUAUGCAGUUGCUAACUUGUUUUGGUGAUUAUACUUGUGAAAACAUUGUGUAAUAAUUCUGAUUCUGGUUUUUAGCUUAUUUGAAAAUGGAACCCUUAUACCCGCACACAGUCUCCUUCUUG